AUGCGUAUUCAAGCGAUUGAACGGAAUACAAUGGCUACCAAAGACGAUGUACGGGCUACCAAGGGCAACGUGGAGGUCACCAAGGCCAAUGUGGAAACACUUCUGUCGGACGUCGACACCGCUGCAAUACUACAGCCGCCAACAGUUGCAUUCGUCGCAUCUUCGGUCCACAACACCUGUUUGAAAGGGACGCGCGAGGCCGUUCUUCAGACGACCUGGCACUGGGCCGACGAUGAUUCCUCGGACAAGCCAAUCUUUUGGCUCUGCGAUAUCGCUGGUUCCGGCAAGUCUACCGUCGCAAUGUCCGCAGUCGAACCAUGGCGCAAGAAGGGAGUGUUGGGCGGCCGGUUCUUCUUCUCCAUAGCAAGUAACGAAAGGUCGACCACCGACAAAGUCUGCUCGACUAUAGCAAGGGAUCUUGUCCAGUACAUCGCCGAGCUCGCGCCGCACAUUGCUGAAGCAGUGAAGCAGAACCCUUCCUUCAUGCGAAGCGCUCUUGAUGAACAGUUCCAAGUGCUUGUCGGCAAUCCUGUCCAACAUCGCCAAGGGCGCGUGAUACUUGUCAUCGGCGCCCUCGACGAGUGUAAACUUGGAUCACAGCGAAGGGAACUCGUAGGCAUGCUGUCUGCGACUGUCAGAGAAUACAAGAAUCUCAGGAUAUUCAUAACAAGUCGGCCAGAUCCCGUCAUCCAAGCAGCCUUAGGCCCACUCUCCAUCAAAGCCAAGUUGGAGGACCGUCUCCACAAUGUCAAUUACGGCGACAAUAUAAAAGACAUCGCUGUAUACGUACAUCAAUCGCUAGAUGGAGUAUUACCGGUAGACAAGAGGCAGAGACUGGCCGACAAAGCCAACGGCUUGUUCAUCUGGGCUGCCACAGCAUGCCGAAUGCUGAAGGACGAGACUAGUUUGAGCUCUCCCAAGUUCACCUAUGAUCUUCUGAUUUCCAUCGACCAAGCUGGCGCCAUUGACAACCUAUACAGCCUCAUCUUCGAGCGCAUAGACCCCGUGCACUAUGAGGUGAUGUAUAGCAUGCUUGCUCUGCUGCUCGCAGCGUUUGAACCCCUCACCACAGCGGAUCUCGACGAUAUUCUCGAGCACGCUGGAAUACAUUGGAGCGCCAAAACCUUGGUGCGGAAUCUCGGGAGUGUACUGAUUGAGGACGCGAGUACAAAUUUGAUCCAAUUCCACCAUUCCACGCUCGUCGAGUAUCUUCGACGUUGCUCCGUUAACCCGACUGUCAGUAGCUCCAAUAAGAUGUACAUCAACGGCACCAAUGCACAUGAGCAAGCCGCAUCGUGGUGUCUCGAAUGCUUCAAAUCGCCGACUGAAGGCCUCAGGUUCAACAUAUGUCAAAUCGAAUCUUCGUUGUCCCUAAACAGACAGAUAUCUGACCUUGAUGCCAGAGUUUCAAGGUUUAUCUCAAGAAAGCUUCGAUAUGCCAGCUCUCAUUGGCUAUUCCAUUUGGUGGAAACUGGUGACGAGUGGCGAGGUGCGCUCGAACGCAGACUUGAGCACGCUCUUAGAAUUCCCUAUGUGCUAUACUGGAUGGAGAUUCUUAGCUUAACUGGAGGAGUGCCACGAGCGAUAACCGACCUUCGAGCUGCAACGCGCUGCACAGGGAUUGAAGAGAUCAAGAGCAGAAUGACAGACAUUCGACGUUUUCUAACGUCAUUUUUGGUGCCGAUUCAAGAUAGUGCUCCCCACAUCUACAUCUCGGAGCUUCCUUUCAGCCAAAUAAAUUCAGUACUUCAUGUCGAGAGCUUAAAACGACAUGCAAAUACCCUCACUGUGACUCAAGGCCUCGAGGAGAUGUACCCUGGGCUCCCAAGAAGUCUCAAAGGCCAUGAGGGAUCUAUACUUUCAAUCAACUUCUCGCCAGACGGCUCGCGAAUCAUCUCUGGCUCGGAAGGCAACACUAUUCGACUUUGGGAUGCAGACACUGGUCAGCCACUGCGAGAGCCACUGCGAGAGCCACUGCGAGAGCCACUGCGAGAGCCACUGCGAGGGCAUGAAGGAAUGGUCUGGGCGGUUGGGUUCUCGCCAGAUGGCUCUCGAAUUGUUUCUAGUCCGGGUGACAGUACCAUUCGAUUGUGGAACGCAACGACUCGUCAGCCACUGGGGAAGCCACUCCAAGGUCAUGAAGAUCGGGUGAGGGCCGCAGGGUUCUCGCCAGACGGCUCACGAAUCGUCUCUGGUUCGGACGAUAUAACCAUUCGAAUAUGGGAUGCUGAGACUGGUCAGCCACUAGGAGAUCCACUUCGAGGUCAUAAAGGCUGGGUGAGGGCCGUACAGUUCUCUCCAGACGGCUCCCGAAUUGUCUCUGGCUCGGACGACCAGACCGUUCGACUAUGGAACGCAGCGACUGGCCAACCUCCGGGAGAGCCAGAUGACUCACGGAUCGUCUCUGGCUCGGCCGACGAUCUUCCACCACUGAGUGCAAAGAUUGAUGACACUGAGGAAUCUGACUCGAGUGCCAGAACUGACUCGCGGGGUACUCCACCGAGAAUCCUUGUACCCGGAUUCAGUCACUGCUCACUGUCCCAAGAUGGCUGGGUGCAAUCUUCGGGUCAAUUUCUCUUCUGGGUACCUCCAGACAAUCGACAUGGACUUCAAUACCCGUCUGCUCUUCUGACUUUACCGACAAACAGUCCGCUGCGUCUAACCAAAGUUGAUUUCACCCACUUUCAAUGCGGUACCUCCUGGAUAAACGUUCUACCAAAUGCCAACCGGUAG